AUGUACAAUGCCCCAGCCAACGGUCUUGCGGAGGCGUUCAACAAAACUCUUUGCAACCUGUUGAAGAAAGUUAUUGGAAGAACCAAGAAAGAUUGGCAUGAAAGGAUAAAUGAAGCAUUGUGGGCUUAUCGGACGACAUACCGGACGCCUACUCAGGCUACACCAUACUCACUCGUGUAUGGCGUGGAAGCAAUCUUGCCUCUAGAAAGUCAAAUUCCAUCAUUGAGGAUGGCCGUACAAGAGGGAUUGACUGAUGAAGAGCAUGCAAAGCUACGUCUCCAAGAGUUAGAAGCACUAGACGAAAAGAGACUCGAAGCGCAACAACGCUUAGAAUGUUAUCAAGCUCGACUUUCGAAUGCUUUUAACAAGAAGGUUCGCCCCAGGUCUUUUCAAGUAGGAGAUCUUGUCCUCGCAUUACGUAGACCUAUCAUCACAACACACAAAACCGGAAGCAAGUUUACUUCAAAAUGGGAUGGGCCCUACAUAGUUCAAGAAGUGUACACAAGUGGAGCUUACAAGAUCGUAGCCGAGGAGGAUUUAAGAGUCGGUCCUAUCAAUGGAAAGUUCUUGAAACGAUACUACGCAUGA